UUUUGGUUGCCGCGGGUGAAAAGUUCGCUGUUCUCUAGAUUUCGGUAUCAAAAUUAGUUUUGCUCUCGAGCGAGUAGGUCAUUCGAAUUUGUGUUUCCUAAACGUUCUCCUAAAAGUUGGAAAUUUUAAUUGGUUUUUAUCUUAAUUACUGUAUUUGAAAUUUAGAAAAUGUUUCAUCAUCACACCGAGAAUUCUCCUAGUACUGGUGAACCACCAACUCCUCCUCUCACUGCUGAAGGCGGUGACAGACUGGCACCACCACCAAGCGAUCACACUUCUGUAGGUCAGUGGCCAAACAAUUCUCGUUUGUUUUUUGAACCAACAUCAUCCACGAUGGUUGAACAAACCGAGAGGGGUCGUUCGAAUACGAUUCCUUCACACGACUCAGGCUACGAGAUGUCUCCUAACCUUAACCCAUCGGACUCUCGAGAGUUUUUUACUGAGUUGGAAGUAUUCGAAGAUGUCCGGGACCCAGACGAUGAACAAUGUAGUGAAUGCGGCAACGACUUUUGCCAGUGUCAAAGGUCGCAUUCUUCCAGAACAACUGUUCGGUCCUUCGAUGGAACACCUUCAAACGUUUACUGUGAUAUGUAUAGUUUCUCGUCCUCAUCGUACCAGCGACCGUCCAGCCUGCCAAUUGAAAUACCAGUUGCACCCAGACGAACUUCCACUAUGUUGCCUUCAUCGAGCUUUUCUUUGCAUCCUAGGCAAAUACAUUCGUCCCGAUCAUUGCCCCUCACUCACUCACACAAUUUGCCAGUUUUUGAUGAAUUUUUAUACAGAUCUCAACCACGAGUGUGGCCAAUUGUAAUGUCUAGCAACACCAAUCAUUUGUCCAGUAACCAUCGAAGAAACCAAUCGCUUUCUAACUUGAGGCCCAGUUUCGAUCUUGGCUCUUCUUUAUCUUCUUCAAUGGAAUCCUUUUUCGACCUGGAACCACUAGAUGGAGUUGGUGAUGACGUGUUUCAAAACGAUUUUUACGAGAUGGCGGAAGCCGAUGUAUCAUUUCAUCCCUCUGCUGAUUACCGCCGCCGCCUCAAUUCAGAAGCAGCCUCUCAGCCCUUGCCCGAUCUUCUGCUGCACGCUUCUCCCCGGAGGAGUAGAUCUGCCUCAGUAAACCUGCCUCCUGAUCAUGCUGUACUGCGAGACAUUGGCAGGUCCCUGCGGAGGAUUAGUGAUGAUUUUCAGACAAGGCUAUCUGGACAACAGCAAUCAAAUAAUGACAGAUCAUCUUUCAACAAUAACCGGCCAGUAUUUAAAUUCUUCAAAAAAUUCUAGACUGAUAGUGUGUGUGAUCCCAUUGACUGAUAUUCUCUUCAUAAAACAUAUUUUUCAUGCAAUCAUUGAGGUAUUAAAACAUUUGUAUUUUCGCUCUACACAAGUUUUGCGAACCGAAACUGAAGAAAGAAAUGGUUCAUCAGUGGAAAAGAAAUUAAGAAGAAAAAAUGAAAAAAACUGUUACAAUUAAGUCUGUUAUAAUUGUUUAAACUGAAGAAAAUAUGUUAGAGAACUUCGGAUAUUCUGUUAUUGUAUUUGCUAUUAAUUAUAUAAGUUUUUGUAAUGUUUUAUAUUAUCAUUAUAGUUCCAAUUAUUAAAAUUUAUUGUAUUGAUUUAACCAUUUGUAACAUUUUCUUUAAAGAAAUAAUUUUUCAAUAUUUGUUGUGUUUUUCAAUUGUUUUUGAUAAGUUGGAGAAAAAAAGUGUAAUCCCAUGUUUUAAUAUAAUUAAAGCGAGGAUGACCUACGGUUUCUUCUUUUAUCUGAGCAAAACUGCCUAGAUUUUCUUUUUUCUUAAUGGCAAUACUUAAAUUUCAAUUUAUAUUUGCAUAGUGUUUGUUAAUUUACUUUACUUCAUCUAAUUUUAAUAUGAAAAGAAAAAUUCAGCAUUUUGAAUAUAUAUUUGUUGGAAACUUAAAUCAUUAUCUUUCGUCGAUCUCUAAAUUUUAUUCUAAAUCAAUUUUUUUUUCUUUCUCACGACCAAAGUAUUUACUUGCCAAAGAGAUUUCAUUUGAAUACACACAUUUUGUUGCUCAAUUUUUGUUCCCUUCUUUCACUGCCAAAAUAUCUCACUUCAAUUAAUAAGUACCUUUUGUUAAAAUGAGUUGUAACAACGACUUAAACAUUACUAACUACAUCCUCUUAAUAAUAAUUAGGACUAAGAAUUCUUAACAAUUUUACGGAAAUUUAAUGAUUGUAAUAAAAUAAUGACGUUUUUCUGUGUAUGUUUAGUUGUUAACCUUAAUAAAACCUAUAAAAAUUGCUGUAAGUACAGUGGAGUCUCUCUAUAACGAAAUCAAUUGAAAAAUUCGCUUUAGAGAAAAUUUCCUUAUACGGCGGUUAUAGAUUUGUGCAACCAUCCAUUUAAGUAAACGUUACAGAAUGUUUAGUAGGUGUUAUAAGUUAAAAAAUGUUUUGACUUUUCAUUAAAAUAUUAUAAAUUUAUUAAAAUCAUUAGUUUUUUAUUGUAAUAAUAAAAUAAAUGUUCAAAAGUUAAGACAGCUCAUCAAUUAAAAGAAAUUUUCACAUUUUUAAGAGCUAAAAAUAGUCUUGCUUUGUUCUAUAUUUUGCAUGGGAAUAUAAUAAUACAUAUAUUAUAGUUGUUAGUCUACUUCAAAAGAGUAAGUUACAUAAUCUGUUAACUUUCCUAUUCUCUUUUAAAGUUGAAACAAACUUCAGAAUUUCAUCGAAAAUGUUGAAAAGUUGUAAAAUACUUCAAAAUUCGUUGUAUGGAAACACCCAGUUCGAAGAAUAUUGUGAAUUUAUUUUACGUUCUGGAUGAAAAUAUCAGAUAGAGACAUUCUCUUAAAGAGAUUUCGAUGUAGGGAGACUCUACUGUAUAUUUUUACAUUAUUUUUUUUAACUAGUAAAAUAUUUGACGAGUAAAAUAAUUAAUUUUUGAUAGUAAUAUUUUUUUUUUUUUUGAAAAUGCAUUUUCUUUAUUCAUUGGUAGUUUUUAUUUAUUUAUUUAUCAUCUGGCAUCAUUAUAAUAUAGAUUUGUAUUAUCUGUAUAUUUUCAUUAAUAUAUGUGUGGCCUCUUUUAUUAACCAAAGCUAAAUAUAAUCAUUUAUUUUUAUAAUACAAAUAACAGUACAGCUUGUGCAUGGGUUUUGUUAUUGCUUAUGCUUUUAGUUAAAUUAUAGAUUUUGCUUUAAUAAUUUAUUAUAUUCCCAAUAAAAAAAAAUCAUUUUGAUUAAAAUUAUCAUUAUUUACUUUGAAGUUUAUUAUAACAUAUUAACCAUUUUAAUAACAUUGAUCUUUUUAUAAAAAAAAAAUUAUUAGGAGUUCUUAAUAAUUUUGCUCUCUUAACUUUUUCAAUAUAGGCAAUUUGAUUGUAGGAAUUAUUAUUUUAUUAUUGAUUAAAAUUCUGGUUAUUUGAUUUUUGCUGUUUUAAUUGACUUUUUUAAAACAAGUAGUUGUGACUAAUUUCUGCUAAAAAUACUUUUAAACCUUUCCAACUCUUUUUAAUAAAUAUUAUACAAAAUAUUUGUUUAUGUUUUAUACUUGAGUAUGCUCAAUUUUUUAAGUACUGCUUUGCUCAUUUUUUUACGAAAUAUUUUUAUGCUUUUAGUACUGAUUGCUUGAUUUAUUUUUGUAUAUUUUUUCACUAUAUAGCCCUUCAAUAUAUUAAAAAAUAUUAGCCCUUUAAAAAAGAUGAAAAAUUAUUUCUAGUUAAAGAAGUUCCAAUUCUAAAUGUAAGGAUAUACUUACCACACGAAUAAUAAUAUAAUAGAAAAAUUAUAAAUAAAAAAAAGAGGGAAAUUCAAAAAUAGGGUGUUAUAAUUAUACUUUAUAGGGUUAAAUUAAGAUAAACUGCUAUCGUCAUUAAGUUCACUGCUAUCUCAGUUUUUCGGAUUAGUUUUUGUUCUGUUAGUUUUAAAUUUGUAUUUUGGUGGUAUUAUCAUCACAUAUGACUAGCGAUUCUUUACUUAAUUUAUUCGAACAAGUUCUUAUACUUUACCUUAAUUUUUAUAAUGCAUAAUCGAUAUCCCGAUUCUAACAAUUUUAAGAUGUUGGAUUUUUAAAAAAUUCAUUUGGCGAUAUUUGGCUCGAUAUUUCACUCAUUUCAUCGUAAACAUCUGUUGCUGGAAAGGUGUUGUGAAUAUUGCAAGCAAUCAAAACUGCCUUUUAUCAUAUAAAUGUUAGCACAUUUGCUAACUUCUUGGUCACAAAGCCCAAGAAACGCACAAUGUUUCUACAAUCAACAAAAAAAAUACUUUUUAUACCAUAUAUAAAGUGAAAAUUUUCUGAAAUGAAGCAAAUAACUGUAGUGGUAGAUAAAAUAAAAAAAUUUUCAGCUCCUACCCAUACACUGAUAGAAUAAUAGUUCUGAUCCUAUCCACGCCCUGAUUGCCUUUGUAAGAUUGCUGCCAUAUGUUAUAUGUUCCUGAUUCAAAUUGUAAAUAGUCUUUAACUAUUUUAUUUCGUUUUUUUAUUUGCUAUUUUUCAUAUUUAAUCCAGAAACCUUACUAAUCUAGAAAUUUUUUUCUAUUCACUUGUGUUUGUGCCUUUUGCCUCAUGCUUGUUCAUUUGCUAUUGUUGUGAAAAGUUUGCAAUAAUUCUUUGUAAUUCAUUUUACACUAUAUAUAUAUAUUAUAUACAUUUGUAUAUAUUUUUGGGUCUGGAAACAUGACUGUGAACUUUGAUCUCAGCAUUGUGAUAAUCGUAACUGUGUUUAUAGUCAAAGAUUUCCAAACUUUUUAUAUUUUUUGUGUGCAUUUUGUUACGUUUAAGCAGGAAAAUAAUUAUUGAUUUGAAUUCACUUAUUUUUAUAUUUAUUGCUCAUUUAUACAAAUAAGUGAUAAGAUUUAUACAGCGGAUAUAUCAUAAGUAUUCGUUAUAACAAUUAAAAUGCUGAAUUUUAGCAAUAAAGAAAAAUGGCGAGUUACUCUAGAUCAUUUUUAUGAAUGAUUCGCCUCCAGGUUUAUUUGCAUUGAUUGAAAUCGAACUUUUUUUUAAAAAAAAUAAUAAUAAUUAAUUCUACAUUUAUUAGAAUGUGUGAACGAGAUUACUUAAAUUUAAUAAAUUAAAGGUAGCAAUUUUGUCACAAAUAUUUUUCAAAUGCUAUAUAUUAAAAAAAAAAAGAAGUUACUAUUUGCGAAAACGUUAAAAAAAUUAUCACUGAACAAUUAAUUCAUGUCAUAUUAUCUUCGUAAACAUAAAAUAAAUUGAAUUCCAUUUGUAUUUUUUUAUUGCUUGUAAUUUAAAAAAUUAACAUGCCAAUAGCAUCAUUAUGUUUUCCAAUAUUUGUGUAUUAAAAUACUUCUUACUUGUAUUUGCUUGUAAAAAGUGUAGCAUACGAUUGGCUUAAUCUCCCGUUUUCACCUCGGAUGAUAAUAUUUCGCCAGUUAAAUGACGUAUGAUUGCUGAAAAUCUUUCAGCCAAUCAACGAACUGGAUCUCUUUAUCACUUGGCGAAAGUUAUCACCCGAUGUGAAAAUCAAGAUAAUAAAUUAGAUUUUGUGGCCUAGCGGUUGAAAGUAAUGUUGAGUAUUAAGCUCAUAUAUCUGGUAUAUAUGCUGUAUUAAUUACUUUUAACCAUGAUUUCGGUUUAUCUGAAAUGUUUUAUCAGAUAAUGUAAAUUUUUGUAAAUACUAAGAAAAAAUUUUUAGCGCGUGUAGUUUUUCCCCCCUUUCCGCUAGGCUCGUAACUUUGCUGUGUAAAUACCACUAUUUUUUAUUUGUUCUCUGUGAUGGUUUUUUUUUUUUAUACAUAGCCUUUGAUAUAAAUAUAUGUAUAUAUACAUACAAUAUCUGAUAAGUAUUGGAUUCUGGAUGUAUUCUAAAAUAUUUUUGUGCUGUAUAGAGAAAAAAAAUUAAACUGUUCUGAAUAAUGUUAAACGGAUUUUAUAUUUCUUCGGAUAUGAAAGUGUAUGUGAAUUGAUAAAAAUAAAAUUAUUCGUUUUUGCAA